UCAAACAAGAAGCUGGCGAAUAGGAAGCCAACUUUAGCCUCGUGUUUACUUGAUUCCCUUUUUUUCCCGAACACGUCGCAAGUCACGAGUUUUAGGCGUGAAGAGACGAUAAGUUAACAAACCCUCGAGUCAGGUGAGGCACAGUAGACAUUUCCACACAGCGAACAAUGUUAUCGUUUGAAGAAGCUACUGCUAGACUGCAGGCUGCUGGUCAGCCCCACGUCCUGCGGUUCUGGUCUGAACUUUCAGCGGAAGAGAAGGAUGUUUUUCUAGAUGAACUGUCUCAACUGGACCCCGAGGAGCUCAGCCAGCACUGCCGGGCUGCUGCCGAGGCUGCAAGCCGGGCUUCAGGCGAGGAAGAGCGGCUGGACACCCACAUGGAGCCCGUUGCUCCGGAAUUCAUUGGCAGUGUCUGUAAAAGUGACAAGGAGACACUGAAGCAGUGGGAGGAUGAGGGUUUUUUGCAGAUAGCAGAGAACAGAGUGGCAGUCCUAUUGUUAGCUGGUGGUCAGGGAACCCGUCUUGGAGUUCCCUAUCCCAAAGGAAUGUAUAAUGUGGGUCUACCAAGUGGCAAAACCCUGUAUCAGAUCCAGGCAGAGAGGAUUCGGAAGGUGCAAGAGCUUGCAAGUGAGAAAAACGGUUCCAAAUGCACAGUUCCCUGGUAUAUAAUGACCAGUGAGUUCACCCUGGAGCCCACAGAGAAGUUCUUCAAAGAGAAUGGCUACUUUGGCCUGGAGCCAUCCGAUGUCAUCAUGUUUGAGCAGAGGAUGAUCCCAGCCGUCAGUUUUGAUGGAAAAAUCAUCUUGGAAAAGAAGAAUAAGAUAGCCAUGGCACCAGAUGGCAACGGAGGCCUUUAUCGUGCCCUUGUGGACAACAACGUUCUGGAGGACAUGGAGAGAAGGGGAGUGCAGUAUGUUCAUGUCUACUGUGUAGACAACAUCCUGGUUAGACUGGCUGACCCGGUCUUCAUUGGUUUCUGUGUGUCAAAAGGAGCAGACUGUGGUGCUAAGGUAGUAGAGAAAGCGUAUCCAGCUGAGCCUGUAGGAGUCGUGUGCCGUGUAGAUGGGAUUUAUCAAGUGGUGGAGUACAGUGAGUUGAAGCCAGAAACAGCAGAACAGCGCCACCCUGGAGGAGAGCUGGUGUACAGCGCUGGAAACAUCUGCAAUCACUUCUUCACCAGAGACUUCCUGCGAGAGGUUGCUCAAAAGUUUCAGGGACAACUAAAGCAGCAUGUGGCCAUCAAGAAAGUGCCAUUUGUGGAUGAGGAUGGCAGCCUUGUGAAACCCACUAAACCAAAUGGAAUCAAAAUGGAGAAAUUCGUCUUUGAUGUUUUUCAGUUCUCAAAGAAGUUUGUUGCCUUUGAGGUUUUGAGAGAGGAGGAGUUCUCACCCCUUAAAAAUGCAGAUGGAGCACCUGUUGAUACACCGACCACAGUGAGGCGCUCCCUGUUGGCUCAGCACUACCGCUGGGCUGUGCAAGCUGGAGCCAACUUCCUGGAUGAGCAUGGGAAUCCCAUCACACCAAAAAUCAGGACAGCUCAGGAUGAGGAUCCUCCAGCAAUCUGUGAAAUCUCUCCACUUGUGUCUUAUUUUGGAGAGGGUUUGGAUGAAGUGCUGAAACAGAAGAACUUGAAAUCCCCUUUUCUUCUUCAUGAGAAUAAUGAGAAUAAUGAGUCUUCUUCCAAAUUCUUAGUCUAAACAGGUCUCAUUCAGUGUGUUUGGAAUAAGGGAACCGAAACAUUGCCUUCAAAAAGGCUAUAUUUUGUAAUGUAAUCCAUUGUAGAAUUGUAGUAGAACAAUGAAGUGUCCAAUUACGGUUUAUGCCCAUCAGUGAAAUGGGAUCUUUUAAUUUUAUAAAGGGCACAACAAUCCCAAGACUUCAAUAAAUUAUGUAUCAUGCAUAUCACUUUAAA